AUGGAUAAUUACCAACUGGAUCAAGAUCUUAGUGAUCUUACGUCCUUAUUCCAUAACAAUAAUAGAGCUACCAAUGACAUUAAGAAAGAGGUAAUGGAUGGUAAUACGAUACUGUCAAACUUACUGAUGACACCUCCCAUUUCUCCCUCUGCUAAAAGAGAUAUUGCAUCAUCCGGAGAACAAGAAGAGAAAUUGCGUAUACCUUCAUCUAAUGUCAAAACGAUGGUAAAGAAGAAAAAAACUUACAAUACAAAUAAAAAUAAGGUCAAAUCGUACUCUACACCCAAUAACAUUUCCAAUGCCCUUUUGAAGGAUCAAAAUAAACUAAUUCAUUUGGAUCCGGUGCCCAAUUUUAAAGAUAAAUCAGAAAUUAAACCAUGGCUUCAAAAAAUCUUCUUCCCACAGGGGAUUGAUAUUGUCAUUGAAAGAUCAGAUAGCGGGAAAGUCAUAUUUAAAUGCAAGUCUCCAGCAAAGAGAAGAAAUAAUGCAUCCAUUCAUCAAGAGCAAGAAUCAACAAAGCCCAGCAGCAGCAAUAGUGCUACUUGUCCGUUCCGUAUAAGGGCAACGUUUUCCAUUAAAUUGAAGAAAUGGAAUAUUGUUGUGGUUAACAAUUCUCAUUCUCAUGAUUUGAAAUUUAAUCCAAAUUCAGACGAAUAUAAGAAAUUUAAAGACUAUUUGAAAAAUUCUGAUGAUUUUGAUACUAUAAAGAAAUUUGAAGAAUUGGAAUAUAGAUCAAAGCUAAAUUUACCAAUUAAUCCCUCAAUUAUUCCAUGUGAUUGUGGACUGACAAGCGAGAUUCAAAGUUUUAAUAUAAUAUUGCCCACUUCUAAAGUAUGUGGUGCUAUUAAAGUUCAAAAGGAAAAGAAAAAUGCUAGAUCUAUGGUUAGUUCACAAACCGCCAAUAAGAAUAACAAGUUAAAGAAGUUUAACGAACAAAACAUAUUAAAGAAGUCAACUCAACCACUGUCGACAUCAAAUACCUCUCCUUCAUUGGGAUCCGAUUUUAUUGAUAACACAAAUAUACUGACAACGGGAAAUGGUGAUGAUUUCGUUCUUCCCAUCUUGACACCAGAUUAUGCAGUGCACAAAAAUAAUAAAAUAAAUCCAGCUCCUCUACUUGAUAAUAAUUUACUUCCGUUAUCAAAUAACACAAAUUCUAAUGACAAUAUGACGACUGAUUUACUGGAAAUUGAUUUUACAGAUAUAUUCAACCAAUCUAAUACAUUAUCGAAGAAUGUCAGGGCAGGCCAUUAUAAUAGCAACAAGUACAAUCUGUUAGAAGAUUCAUCAGCUUCUUCAUUAUUGUUCUUGCCAGCACCAACAUCGUUAGAUUUCGGUAAUGAUGAUGAUUUAUUAAUGUCUUCCAAACUGCAAUCAGUAGACGUCUCCACAUUAUUAAAUCAAAGGAGAGUGUCGCAUUCAAAUGGGGAUAAUGACGAACUUAGUAACAACUUGGAUGACAUUAACAAUCUUCUUUCAACAGGUUUAGAUGAUCUCGAUAAACGAUGGGAAUUCCAUGAUAAUUUACAGUAUAAGAAUGAUGAUAUGGAAUCAAAUUUCACUUCAAGUUUCCUUAAUGAGAAUUUUGAUUUCUUGAAAUAA